UGAAAAACUGGUGUUUUUCUUUAAUGUAUAAUCUAUGUGUUGUGUAAAAAAUGGCAAAAAAAAUUCCAUUCAAUGUUGUAUUUGCUACGGAUGAAGAUUCCAAUUUUCCGGCUAGUGAGUUAAAUACUCACGGACCUACAGUACAGGGUUGGCGUAGCGCUCUCGGCAGUUCUUUGAUACCACACGAUAUAAUCUUAAGAUUUCAGACGCCAGCCAAAGUAUGCCGAAUACAACUGCUAGCCCAUCAAUAUCUAAUACCUGAGAAGGUCGAAUUGUGGCUACAUUAUUCACCGAAAAGUAUACCAAGUACUCCAUCAUCGCAAUGUUUUGAUUUUUUGGGCUUUGUUGCUUUAGCCGAUAACGCGGCCACUAAUUAUAAAUCCCGCGAACUGCAAAGUGUUGCGGUUAAUCCUCGCAAAGGUACCCAUUUGAAGCUUCGACUGAGUGGACCUCAUGUGAAUAUCCACAAUACUGAAGGACAGAUUGCUUUAAUAGCCGUCAACGUUUUAGGUGAAGAUUUGGUAUCUUCAAGUAACAGCCGAGAAAAUGAGGAAGAGCAAAGUGUAGCAGAUGUUGAUGGUGGGGAUGGUAGUUCUGCUGUUUCUGAGCCAAUUCUGUUGUCGAUGUGUGAUGAUUUAUUGUUUUCAAUGUAUGUAGAAGAGUCCAUUGCAGAAAUAGUACGUGAAAUGGAGGAACGCAAAGCAAAGGCUGUAAUAACGGAGCGUUUCGAAUACGCUCGCAAGUUGAAAUUGUGUAUGAGUGCUUUACGCACAGCUGGUGAACGAUUAGGGCGCUACGCUUUGGCAAAAAGGCAGGCAGUGCAACAGGAAGAUUUCACUACCGCUAAAUUGCGUAAAGAACAAAUCGAAAUGUACAAAAGUGCCGUUUUUAAAUAUCUUAUGUGCGAAGAUUUACUGGAGAAAAAUUGCGAACCAUUGCCCUCAAAUGAUAUGACUUGUGAAGUAUAUGCCUCAAAGCUAAAUUUACCGCCAGCGCCUAGUUUGCAAGAAGUAGCUCAAGCCUUGUCAGAGGCUCACUUAUCCGCCACCAUGAGUCCCAAAAGUUUUUAUGAUGAUAAAUCCUCAACAGAUGGUGGCAGUUCUACGGGAGCCGGUAAUAUUUCUUAUUUGGCUGCUAAUCAUUCGCGUAGUCUAAGCGACCAAAUGUGCACUCUAUCCGUAGCCGCUUUACGGAAAUCGCAUGAUGAUAUACCCAUGUCUCCUAAACCAAACGUGCGUCGUAGUCCCAGCCGUCAUAGCUCUCCUAUGUCCAGCCACCAAGGUUCAUUGAGGAGACGAAAUAAAAGUGCUCCUCGAAAUUCCUACGAAGAGUAUGAAGAUCGCGCUAUACCCACCUUAAGGCAUUCCAAUACUAAUGAAUUUUUAAGAGAGUGUCAAGGUACAGCUCUGCUGGAAGCCGAUCCUAAUCGGGGCCGUUCACGUCUUAAUGAUCGUGAACGUCGUCAAGCGGCUUUACCUAUAAUAGUUUUCGGUAAUGAUUUGGUUGAACAAUAUUACUCAAGACAAUUUCAAGAUCGUGAAGAUGGUUUAAUACGUUUGCGAAAUUUCUUAAAGGGUCAUGAGACGGAAAUAGCAAAUCAACCAAAUUCGAAUAAUGAAAACACAGCUGGUCCAAACAAGGUUGCGAGAAGCGCUGCCUUUCUAUUACAUCGAGCGGUACGAGAUGCUGUUUAUUCAGUGUUCAACCAAGCCACAGAAACUGUACGUGUAUUAUUUUUGGAAUACGUGCCCACUAGAGUUUCUACAAGUGAAGUGGCGCGUUGCGUGGAUCGUUUACUGCCAGAGUUGUUAGCAAAAUCCGGAGACCCUUCGGCUCGAAUUCAUACCCUCGCACAACAUACUAUUUUGAGCAUAGCCUCGUGUUCUGACGUAGCCGAACAACACUUGGUUGCCCCGGCUUUAUCUAGGACCGUUAGUUCGGGUACACAUCCUCGUUUAGCUUUAAGUCGUAUGCAAAUGUUGGAACAACUAAUUUUAAGCCAAGGCAUUAGUACUGAUAAACACAGCGGGCUAACAUGUCGUGUGCUUUCGGAAUGCGGUUGUUCAGGUUUGCACCAUCCAGCGGAACCUGUUCGUAAAGUGGCUGAACGUAUACUGUUGCUAGUAUAUAAAGUGAACCCACGCUUAGUGCGCAAACAGUUGCCGCCAGAUGAUGAUAUAACGCGCCGUAAUUUAUUAUAUCGUCAGCUGUUUACGGAAUUUGAUAAAUUGGAUUUGGAACGUAAGCAGGAAAUGAUGCUGGAAGCUAAUAAUGGCACAACUGGAGAGCUGCAACUAGUCGGAACAUCGAGUGGCAAUUCUGGAGGUGGUAUAGGCAGUCGUAGUAGUCCUUAUGGCACAAAGUCUCCUGAUUCGCAAUCAAGUCCGAUGAGGCGCUCUGAGACUCGCAUAUUGAAAAGCAAAAGUGGACAAUCUUUAGUAGGCAAUGUGAAUCCCCACUGCGGUAAUGGUUUCACCUCUACUGCUCGUGAUAUGCACAGUAAACACAAUGGCAAACAACAGUAUAAUGAACAAGUUAAACGUUCUAUGAUAUCAGCUUGCAGUUCUAGAAAGGGUUCCAAUUCGAAUUCAAAUUCGGAAUCUUUCGAUGAAGCUUCUGAUAUUAUACGUUGUCCAUUUUGUGAUUGGUCCUGCCAAAAUGGAGAUCAAUCACAAUUGGACCGACACUAUUGGAAGACUUGCCCUUUUCUAACAAAAUGCCCGCAGUGCAGUCAAGUCUUGGAAGUAGCUGCUUUAAAUUACCAUUUGACAAAAGAAUGUGAAGCCAAGGACAACUAUAUAAUGUGUGAACGCUGUACGGAAUCAGUGCAUAAGCAACUUUAUGAUUUACAUCAAAUGGAAGACUACUGUAGGGAACUGAAGACUGGUGCUGCUCGCUGCCCUCUUUGUCACGAUGAUGUUCACCUUCCUUUAGAUGGUGGCUGGAAAUUACACCUACUCAGUGCUACUGGUUGUCCCGGAAAUACACGAAGACGUUUGAAAAAAUCAACUUAAAGUCUGGCAAUAACAAAAACGAAAGUUUGUGUUGAAAUCACUUAUUCUUAAUGCUCAUUUCAUGAGAUGCAAAGAAUUUCGUAGAUAAUAAUGGACGGCUUGAUCUCGCGAACAUUUGUAUACCAAAACCUAAAAGGCCUUUUCUUGUUAAAACCGCAACCAAAGUUACAUAUUAAUCAAAAUCCGAAACAACAACAAAAAACCAUUAACAACAGUAACUAUUAAUGUUAACCUCAUUUUAAAACAAUUUUUAGGAAUGAACGCAGAACUCGAUAAACAAGAUCCUGUCAUAUGUUACAAAUAAAUAAAAUUUUGUGAAAUUCCUUUUUUUGGACAUAUAUAGAGCUUCAAAUAGUUGCAACAAAUAAUAACUGAUUAUAAGUACAUACAUAAACUUUUGCUAAACUAAAGAAUUGUUUUAUAUGUUUUUA